GGACAUACACACACCUCCACUUCCCCCAACUGCAGGGAUAUGCCGGUGCCCAAGAACUACCAGCACAUCUUGGCCUUGGUGUUUGCCAUCGAUGAACUCAACGAGGAUCCGGCGCUCCUUCCCAACAUCACACUGGGCUUCCGUAUAUACGAUGACAAAGAGAAUGUGAGAAGAAUCUUUCAGGACAGCCUGUCUCAGCUCUCCACACGGGGGAAACUGGUGCCUAAUUACAAGUGUGAUCGGCAGGACAAACUGGUGUCGAUCAUUGGGAGUCUCGACAUCAAAGCGUCAAGGCAGAUGGCAUCCAUCUUGGGCACCCACAAGAUCCCACAGACAAACCGUUUUGCCAGAUGUGUGGAGAGGUGCCCCCCAGGGCACAGCGUAAAAGUGAGAGAGGGCAAGCCUGUUUGCUGCUAUGGAUGUGUCCACUGCCCAGAGGGGACCUUCUCUAACCAGACAGAUGCGGCUCAGUGUGUUCAGUGCCCAGACGAUCAGCACCCAAACGAGAAACGAAACCAGUGCGUUUCCAAGAAAAUCAACUUCCUUUCCUAUCAUGAGAUCCUGGGCUUUGUUUUGGUUUUCCUUGCCCUUUUCUUCUCCCUACUCACCUCUUUAGUCUUGGCAACCUUCAUUAAACACCAAGACACACCCAUUGUCAGAGCCAACAACCGGGACCUCACCUACGUCCUUCUCGUCUCCCUCCUCCUCUGCUUCUUCUGCUCCUUCCUCUUCAUCGGCCGACCCGGGAAGGUCACCUGCCUCCUCCGACAAACGGCUUUCGGCAUCGUCUUCUCUGCUGCCGUUUCUUCCGUCUUGGCCAAAACCAUCACUGUGGUUCUGGCCUUUAUGGCCACCAAGCCAGGAAACAUGGCGAGGAAACUGCUGGACAGACAACUGACCAACUGGCAUCGUCCUGACCAGCCCCCUGAUCCAAGUUCUUAUCUGCGCGGUGUGGCUAGGAACCUCCCCUCCGUUCCCAAACUUGGACUUCCAUUCCCUGGUUGGAGAGAUCGUAGUGGAAUGCAAUGAAGGCUCUGUCGCCAUGUUUUAUUCUGUCCUAGGUUACAUGGCCUUCCUGGCGCUCGUCAGCUUCACGGUGGCUUUCCUAGCUAGGAAGUUGCCCGACAGCUUUAAUGAGGCCAAGUUUAUCACCUUCAGCAUGCUGGUCUUUUGCAGUGUGUGGAUCUCCUUUGUCCCAACAUACCUGAGCACCAAGGGGAAGUUGAUGGUGGCUGUGGAGAUCUUCUCCAUCUUGGCCUCCGGGGCUGGUCUCCUGGGCUGCAUCUUUCUCCCCAAAUGUUACAUUACUAUCUUGAGGCCCCAUCUCAACAGCAGAGAUAAUCUAAUUAGGAAAAGUCUGCCCAGUUGAUAUUAGAGCACAAUAUACAGGGGGUACUUGUUGGGGCAGAGACACUCUGAGCUUUCAUUCCAUAGUAUGUGCUGUGCAACGUAUAUCUGUAUCUUCCUUCUCCAGCAGGUUCGGUUUUGUGUACGCUUUCCUCCCUUUCCUCCAUUUAUAUCUGCCAUAGUCCUGUCAGGUAAAGGUAAAGGGACCCCUGACCAUUAGGUCCAGUCGUGGCCGACUCUGGGGUUGCGGCGCUCAUCUC